GGCACAGACAGAGACGGCAAAAUUCAUAGAGUUGAAUCCUCUUUUGUUUGGAUUGUGCCGCAAAAUCCAACUGUCUAGUCUUGUAGUAGUUGCAGCACACAGCUCACACCCGAAUCGACUUGCUAGUUCCUACCAAACAUUAGGUUCCCGGAGAACAAAAUCCAGGGAAGUGAAGAGCGAGGGAUUAAUAUGGGAGAUGCGUUGGAGAGGCUGGGAUCGGAGGAGACGAUGGUAGGUGUGGAUACGAGCAUGAAGGAGGAAUUGUCUAUGGAGAUCGAUCCGCCGCUUCAAGAUAACUUCGCCACCGCUGAGGACUGGAGGAAGGCCCUCAACAACGUGGUCCCCGCCGUAGUGGUGCUCAGGACUACGGCUUGUCGGGCCUUCGACACCGAGUCCGCUGGCGCCAGCUAUGCUACUGGCUUCGUUGUCGACAAGCGCCGCGGGAUCAUCUUGACCAAUCGCCAUGUUGUUAAGCCUGGACCUGUGGUUGCAGAGGCUAUGUUUGUAAACCGUGAAGAAAUCCCUGUACACCCCAUAUAUAGAGAUCCUGUUCAUGAUUUUGGCUUCUUCCGUUAUGAUCCGGGUGCAAUACAAUUUCUUAACUAUGAGGAAAUCCCUCUUGCUCCUGAGGCUGCAUGCGUGGGACUAGAAAUUAGGGUUGUUGGUAAUGAUAGUGGUGAGAAGGUUUCCAUUUUGGCUGGCACACUGGCUCGUUUAGAUAGAGAUGCUCCACAUUAUAAAAAGGAUGGGUAUAACGAUUUCAAUACUUUCUACAUGCAAGCAGCAUCUGGUACUAAGGGUGGUUCUAGUGGUUCCCCUGUAAUUGAUUGGCAAGGCAGGGCAGUGGCCUUGAAUGCUGGAAGCAAGUCAUCUAGUGCAUCUGCCUUCUUUUUGCCAUUAGAACGUGUUGUUAGGGCAUUAAAAUUUCUCCAGAAGGGUAAAGAUUCUAAUAUAGAGAAGUGGGAGGCUGUUUCCAUACCUCGUGGUACGCUUCAGUCCACAUUUCUUCACAAAGGAUUUGAUGAAACACGCCGGCUUGGUCUGCAAAGUGAAACAGAGCAGAUCGUACGACAUGCAUCUCAACUAGGGGAAACUGGAAUGCUUGUUGUCGACUCAGUGGUGCCAGGUGGCCCGGCUCAUAUGAAGCUGGAGCCAGGUGAUAUUCUUGUGAAGGUGAAUGGAGAAGUGGUUACACAAUUUCUGACCUUGGAGAUUUUGCUAGAUGACAGUGUUGACCAGAAGAUUGAAUUGCAGAUUGAAAGGGGUGGCACGUCAUUUAACAUAAUCUUACUUGUUCAGAAUCUACACUCAAUUACUCCAGAUUAUUUCUUAGAAGUAAGCGGUGCAGUCAUACACCCUCUCUCUUAUCAACAGGCAAGAAAUUUCCGUUUCCACUGUGGCCUUGUGUAUGUUGCGGAUCCUGGAUAUAUGCUGUUUAGAGCUGGAGUUCCUCGGUAUGCCAUAAUUAAGAAGUUUGCUGGUGAAGAAAUAUCAAAAAUUGAGGAGCUAAUUUUGGUUCUAUCUAAGAUGUCACGGGGUGCUCGAGUACCUUUAGAAUACAUCAGCUACAUGGAUCGGCAUCGAAGAAAGUCUGUUCUAGUCACUGUUGAUCGUCAUGAAUGGUAUGCUGCUCCUCAAAUAUUCGCUCGUGAUGAUAGUUCUGGUUUAUGGGUACCAACACCUGCUUAUAAACACUCAUCUGUUUGGCAACCAUCUGUUGUCAUUGAUGUUGGACAUCACCUAACAAGCCAAACAGUUCCAUCCAGUGGUGGGGCUUCUUGUGUUGAACAUAUCCAUUAUAGUAACAUCCAUGAGUUGACUGAUGGUAUUACUAGUAUGGAAACGAGUUAUGAACAUGGUUCUGAGGAAAUCUCUUCCCGGGACAAGACUGAUAUCGAGACAAAGAAACGAUGGGUAGAGGAGAAUUUAUCUGCUGAUGGACUUAUUACUGAUUGUUCCCUAGAUGAAUCAGUGGAACUUAAGUUGGAUGAUCCAAAUUCUGUGGAAAAUGGACUUCUAAGAGAUUAUCAGGGUGCAACAACUGCAGUUGCUAAUGCUUCAUUGGCAGAACGUGUGAUAGAGCCCACUCUUGUAAUGCUCGAGGUGCAUAUACCACAAUCAUGCAUGGUUGAUGGUGUCCAUUCACAACAUUUUUUUGGGACUGGUGUAAUUAUCUAUCAUUCUCAAGACAUGGGAUUGGUGGCAGUUGACAAGAAUACUGUUGCAAUAACUGCAUCGGAUGUGAUGCUUUCAUUUGCUGCUUUUCCUAUUGAAAUUCCUGGGGAGGUGGUUUUCCUCCAUCCUGUGCACAAUUAUGCUCUUGUUGCUUAUAACCCCUCUGCUCUCGGUUCUAUUGGUGCAUCUGUUGUUCGUGCUGCAGAAUUAGUUCCUGAGCCUGCAUUACGUCGCGGGGAUUCUGUCUGUCUUGUGGGUUUAAGUAGAAGUCUCCAAGCAACGUCAAGAAAAUCCAUUGUGACCAACCCUUGUGCUGCUUUGAAUAUCGACUCAGCUGAUUCUCCACGGUACAGAGCAACAAAUAUGGAAGUAAUUGAACUUGAUACUGAUUUUGGCAGUACAUUUUCGGGUGUACUUACUGACGAGCGAGGUAGGGUUCAAGCUAUUUGGGGAAGCUUUUCAACUCAGUUAAAAUUUGGUAAUACAUCUGAAGAUCAUCAAUUUGUUAGAGGCCUUCCAAUAUAUGCAAUCAGUCUAGUUCUUGACAAAAUCAUUUCUGGUGCAAAAGGACCUUCCCUUCUCAUAAAUUGCAUCAAAAAGCCAAUGCCGCUUGUUAGGAUCUUAGAGGUUGAACUCUAUCCUACAUUGCUUUCAAAAGCUAGAAGCUUUGGCCUGAAUGAUGAUUGGGUUAAGGCUCUUGUCAAGAAAGACCCAAUUAGACGGCAAGUUUUGCGUGUAAAAGGUUGUUUGGCUGGAUCAAAGGCUGAGAAUUUAUUAGAACAGGGUGACAUGGUGUUGGCAAUCAACAAAGAACCUGUUACUUGCUUCCGUGACAUUGAAAAUGCUUGCCAAACGUUAGACAAGUUUGAGGAUGCUGAUGGGAGGCUUAACUUGACCAUUUUUCGGCAGGGACGUGAGAUUGAUCUCCUUGUGGGAACAGAUGUAAGGGAUGGCAAUGGCACAAAUCAUGCAAUAAAUUGGUGUGGAGCCAUUAUCCAGGAUCCUCAUCCAGCCGUUCGUGCUCUUGGAUUUCUUCCCGAAGAAGGUCAUGGCGUGUAUGUGGCAAGGUGGUCUCAUGGAAGUCCCGUACAUAGAUAUGGUCUCUACGGUCUUCAGUGGAUUGUCGAAGUUAAUGGAAGACCAACUCCUGAUUUAGAUGCCUUUGUUAAUGUUACAAAGGGUCUAGAACAUGGAGAAUUUGUCCGGGUGAAGACCAUCCACCUUAAUGGGAAGCCCCGAGUGAUGUCAUUGAAGCAGGAUUUACACUACUGGCCUACAUGGGAGCUCAAACUUGAUCGCGAUACUGCAAUAUGGCGUAGAGAAAUAAUCAAGGGAUUGGAUUGCACUAAUAUCUGAACUAGGAUUCACUCUUGGCUUCGAAAGAAGUAGCAUACACAUUGAAUAGUAUCAUAUUAUUCCGCCAGUUCAUUACAGAUGCCUGCUUAUUGGUUACGUUGUGUUAUGAUAAUUUGAGUGGAAGAUAUGGUAUUGAUGGACAGGCGGGUUAUACAUACCUGGAUCAAAUAACUGUCAUUGCUCUCUCGUCAUUGGAUAUCUUCAAAUGGAGCCAUACUUGGAAAUUUGAUGGGAAAUUAAGUUAUUGCAAAGACUCAAGUGUUUUCAUGCUUUGAGUCGGAGUGUACAUUGAGAGACAAAUAAGACAGAAUUGUUAUGUGAAUUAACUGUGCUAAUAUAAAUUCUCUCUUUUGGCU